AUGUCAACUAUAAUGCAUGGUGCCGCGGGUGCUGCGAAGGCCACCGGGAGAGCGACGAAAUCGGUGGCAAAGGGUGGCUAUAACACAUACAAAGCACACCAAAAUCCGGCUCAAAACAAUCAAACUAGUUACUAUAACAAGAGUGAGCGGGACUCCAACGAGGAUCCUGUUCCCCUUCGGUCUCUGCAGGAUCCUCACACCUUUCCUGCACCACCUAAGCAUCGUGAUAUUGGUGAAGGGUCGCAGGUUCCACAGGGUCAUCCAGGGUCCUUCCAGCCUCAGCAGUUUCAACAGCCUCAACAGCCUCAGCAAUAUCAGCCGCCACAACAGCCUCAACAACCUCAACAGCCUUCUUAUCAACCUCAGCAGCCUCAACAGUUUCAACAGCCUUAUUAUCAAUCUCCUCAGCAGCCUCAACAGCAACCCUAUCAACCCCAGCAGCCUCAACAACCUUACCAACCCCAGCAGCCUCAACAGCAACCCUAUCAGCCUCAACAGCCUCAACAGCCUCAACAACCUUACCAACCCCAGCAGCCUCAACAGCAACCCUAUCAGCCUCAACAGCCUCAACAGCCUCAACAACCUUACCAACCCCAGCAGCCUCAACAGCCCUAUCAACCCCAGCAACCUCAACAACCUUACCAACCUCAGCAACCUCAACAACCCUACCAAUCCCAGUCUCAACAACCUUACCAACCUCAGUCUCAACAGACUCAACCUCAACCUCAACCUCAACCUCCCGCUUUACAGCCUCGGCCUUCUUAUGAACCAGCACAAUGGUCGCAAGUUCCUCAGCUACCGACAGCGAACUCUUACCAAAGACUACCCGCUCAACUCUCUGUUCAGCCUCCUCAACCUCAAUCAAUGUCUUCUUAUGAACAGCCGCCUCAACAGCUUCCUUCCCGUCCACCUUCUUACUCUUCAGUUGGUAUUUCUCCACCUCCUCGAACACCCUCCAUUCCGUCUGAUCAACUAAGUUAUACUAAUCCUUAUUAUAAGCCUACUCAACCUGUUCAACCUGUUCAACCUGUUCAACCUGUUCAACCUGUUCAACCUGUUCAACCUGUUCAACCUGUUCAACCUCUUCAACCUGUUCAACCUGUUCAACCUGUUCAACCUGUUCAACCUGUUCAACCUGCUCAGCCUGUUCAACCUGCUCAGCCUAAUCAACCUCUGUUUGAUCCAAGAACCCCAUCUUCUCCUCCAAACAAAUUUCAUGAGGUGAUUGAAGAACCAAAAUUCAAAACAGGCCUUAUGGACUUUGAUAUCUCCAAGUUCGGAGCUCCUCCUCCAAAGGCAUAUCGAAAUGUUGACGAAGAGAGACAUAUGAGACAUUUAGAGGAGGAAAAGAUUCGUCAAGAGCAGAUCAGAAGGGAUGCCAUGGAGAGGGCCCAUGAAUCUCUUGGUAUUGCACAGAAAACUGCUCAGAAUCAGUACUAUCAGCCCCACUCUUUCCAGUCAUCAUCGAUAUCACCCUCCUCAUCUGGACCUGCUGCUCCGUCUGUGGCGCCAGAUGCUUCUCGCCUUGAACCACCUUUAAAGCCUCCUCGUAGAGCAUCCUCUGUGAUUUCAGCUUCUUCGACGUUAUCCCCAAGAUCUUCUCAUCCUCUAUUACAGCCGUCUGCCCCUUCUUCCGCUUAUACUGAUACUAAGCACCCAGUUAUUGCUGCAGUGGCUGUCCCAGUUGCUUCCAAACCAGUGCCUCCUCUUGGUCCAAGACCGUCGGUGUCUCCUUAUUCCCCUUCAUCCGACGACCUCGAAAGACAGGCAGCAGGCAAAAAGAAACGGUCUCCACCUCCAAAACCUGCAAAAAAGCCCUCGUUGAAGAACUUCCAUUCCCCUUCUCCAAUUACGGUGUCUGCACCUGCCACCUCGGCCAAAGGAAGUCAUAUCAAAGAGCUUCAAGCCCGUUUGGGGAAUCUCAACUUAGACCAAUAA